GCUCUAAGCAGCUAAAGCAGAAAGCGGAAGUGAAAGAAAAAAAAAGUUGUAAACAAAAGAAAUGGGAGGCUCGUUUUGUUUUCGUCAUGGAAAAUUUUAACAAAAAUGAUUUAUUUUUUAAAUUAAUUUCAAAAUGUCCUGAAGUACAAUUGGAAAAGCUUGUUCACCAUUUAAUUGAUUUGUUCUGUGGUCAAGAAACUCUUAUUUAUGAAGAAUUUUCAAGCGUGUGGUCUUUGAUGGAAUGGUGGGACUUAAUAAAUGAAAGCCGAUUAUUUAUACAAGCAUGCUAUAAUGCUAGUGACGAAAAUUUAAAUUCAUCAUCUUUGUCCGAGGAAUUUAAAAAAGUUAUAAAUGAUUGCUUGGCUGUCAGAAAAUCGGAUGUACGAAGCAGUCUGCUAACUAAGACACAUGGAAUAUCAUCAAGUUUUUUAGUGGAUUUUGACUGGAAGCUUAAAUUAACUAUUGCAAGUGAUAAGAUAGCUCAAAUCAAUGAGCCGCGCUUGCUUCUUGACUUGGAUUUUUUGGGCAAUACAAAUAGAUGUUUACACUUAGAUUUGUCCCAAGAAGAAUUAAGGAAUUUGAUUGAUUCCAUGGAAAAAGCUAAGAAAGCACUUGCAGAAAUUACUGUUCCAGAUUGAAUAGCCCAUUUGAUAUUUGUAAAAAAAUAAAAAGAAUUAUUCAUUC